CAACCAUGACGGGAACCCCAUCAUACUGUACACAAUGACGGCGAGGACGAGAUGGACAAGAUGCCCAAGGGGUACGUUGACGUGCUCGCCAAGCAACACAAGGCCAAAGCUGUCGCGUCGGAGCAUCGAUUCUACGGCCAAAUCACACCCAAGAACGACCUGUCGACGGAAACUUUGCGCUUUCUGACGUUGUGGAAUCAAGCACUGGCCGACGUGAACCACUUCAUCCACCACUUAUACGACGGAACUCACGACCAAAGGCAGCCCGUGGAUCGCCGUGGGCACGUCGUAUCCUGGCGCUCUCUCUCUGCGUGGUUUCGUAUCGCGUAUCUCAAUGCAACUGUCGCGGCGAUUUCAUCGUCGGGGGUUGUGAACCCCUUUCUCUAG